GAUUUCAAGAUCAAAACUGUAUUUCAUUUCCGUGGCAUUAAAGUAUGUGAUUUAUACAGUAUACCUAAACUUGUUGCUUACUUCAAAACAGCAAAUACUAACAUGUCCCCAAAGAGGAUAAAAUUUUAUGGGUCUUUAAAAAGCAAAAAUAAAAAUAAAAAUAAAUCUGUGGUUCUCAAUUUCUGAUUAUAACCAUGGUAUAAAUCUAUAAUCAAGAGCUUUAUUUGCAUUGACUUUUCUAAAUCAGUAUCUCUUCACCACGUGUAGUAAGCUAUUUCUAAUGAAACACACUGUUAUCAAAUGUGUACCAAUUAUCAAAUGUGCCCCAGUUAUCAUUGUUUUUUAAAUUUUUACAACAAAGUAACAUUUGCUCCAAAGAGGAUAUAUUUUCAUUUUAGGAAAAAAAUUCAUGUGGAUAAUGAAUAUACUAACUUAAAGCACAUGAUUUCACUAUCUUUCUCCUGCUAGAAUUUGAUAGGCCUCACACAGGACAAAAAGUGCAUAUAUAACAAUAUCUACUAAACUCUCAUGUGUUAAGAAUAAUAAUCCUGGUCCAAAAAUUACAUGCAGGAGGACUACCUGCAAAAAGUGAACAGGUAAUUAAAUGACAAAUAGAUGUUAAAAAUUACUUAAAUUCUUAUCAGGUCCAUUUGAAGAGCCAAAGUUUACAUAAAGAAGAUUUUAAGGAAGAAAAUAGCAAAAUGUUGGGUUUGUAAGAUGUUUCAGUGAAUGCUAAUGUAGAAACUAUAAGCUUAUUUGAAAAGAAGAAAACCAUUUGCUGAUCAUACUACAGCAGCUACCUACAUAUUUUCAAUUAAGUGAUUCUGCUAUUAUAGGUACACAUGAAACUAUGUUUGGAAAUCCCACAAGCUAUAAGGACAAAACCCUCCUUUUGUUUACUUUGGAUACUAAUUAGAGAUACACAUAAUAUGGAUACGACUUAUUUAUAAAAGAGAAAACAUGAAUAACUGCAUGUUAAAUGAACGCUUUUACCUUUCAAUGUAAAAUCUGUUUACACAUACAAUAAGGCAUGAUAAAUCCAUAGUUAAAAUAAAACACCAAAAUGUAUUUCUGGUUUUUUAUCACUAAAAGUUUAUUCUGAAAAGGUUCUGGACAUUUGAAAAAUAAAGGACUAGAAUCAUUCCCAUACCCUACCAGUGUAUUUUGGGAAAAUCAAAUUUUCUGUAAAGAAACUUAUGAACAUAUUUGUACAGUUAUUGUGAUCUAAUAUGAACCAAAAGCAGAUAAAGAAUAGCACUAGGAAGAACACAGGGAUAUUUUAGUUCUAACACCCUCCUGUCUCCCUAGCCCUUACCUCCUUGUACAUUCCAAAUAAUCUUUUGUAAUUCACUGUCUCCGCCCACCCCAUUUACUUUAUGCCACUCCUAGUUACUGUCACACUAGGAAGAAGUCUAACAUGCAGAUUUAGAGUGGCAUGGAUAAAUGGCAAAAAAAUGCCUAGAAAAUUGGUCUGUUCGCCUUUAUAAUUUUUGUUGAAAAAUACUCCAUCGCUCCCAACUGAUGAAAACAGGAAGCUCUAUUCAUAAAUAUAAAAUUCACUGCCUAUGAUAUAUAAUCAUCCUAAUAAGAAAAUGAGUUCUAUACAUACUUGUCCAAAGGGGCAAAAAAGGAGAUAGUUUCCCAAAGAUGUUUCCAAUUUUCUUCUGAAUCAGAAUUAGCAAAUCGAGACGACUAACAUACUCUGUCUGUGGGCAUUAUUCCUUACUACACACAGCAUUUUGUAAUUUAUUUCAAAGCUUCCAUUAGAAACAAAAAAAUACAUAGCUUCUGUUAACCCACUCUAUUCUAAGCUCAUAGUAUCAAAUACUGAACAAUCUACAUUAUAACAUAAGCAUUUUACUUUAUAGAAGAUCUGCUAUCAGAAACUCUAUUAAUGUCUAAACUACUUAAAGAACUAUAUAAACUGAAUACACUUCCAUGAAAGACAAAAAAUAUUACAAUCAUAAAGAAAACUAAGAUUCAUCCAAUAAACUAUAUUACAAUCCCUGUCAUUCAUUUUUUUAAGAUCUUCAAACUAGGCAUGAGAUAAUGGUAUACAUGAAACAUUACAUUUAAUCUUUAAUGUAAAGGCCGCCAUCUAAUAGAUUGAUAAUAAACUAGACAGACGUGAUUUAAAAUUUGUAAAAGAAUGCCCAGACUAACACUUUCAUGACAGCCAAUUAUAGUCAAGCCUAGCAAGCAGUUUGCAACCAAACCUUAAGGUAAACUUUUUUUUUUUUUUACAAUGAGUUACAGAUUCACAAGUUUAAGAAGACAAGAAAAAGGAAAACAGAAGGAAUCCAGCCACCCAGCAAAUAUGAAGCAGACCCCAGAAUGUGAUACAGUCCAAAGAUGUGAAUUAUUGUAAAUCAUCACUGUUGUUCAGAAUUUCACACAGACUCUUGAGCCAAUUUUGUUCAUUCUUCCACAGACACAAUAAUGAACUAAAAAGAGGAGGCAAAAAGGCAGAGGUUGAGCGGGCAGUAGAAAGGAAAGCCCUUAACUGCAGAGCUCUGCUCUACAAAUGCUUAACCUUACAGGAGUUUGGGCUCCUUCAGCAUUUGUAUUCUAUCCAAAUCCUCAUGAGUCACAAAAAUUAAAAAGCUAUAUCCUUCUGGAUGCCAGGAAAGGCCUUACCACAAGCCUUUUGUGAGAGAAAGAGAGAGAGAGAAAGAGCAAGGGGGAAAAGCCACAGUGGUAGGCAGUCCCACUUUACUUAAGAGUACUGUGAGGUCACAAACCACAUGAUUCUGCCUCUCCAGUAAUAGUGCUUGCAAAAAAAAGGAGUUUUAAAGCUUUUGCUUUUUUGGAUUGUGUGAAUGCUUCAUUCGCCUCACAAACAACCACAGAACCACAAGUGCGGUGCAAACUUUCUCCAGGAGGACAGCAAGAAGUCUCUGGUUUUUAAAUGGUUAAUCUCCGCAGGUCACUACCAGCCACCGAGACCAACAGAGUCAGUGAGUGCUCUCUAACCACAGUCUAUGCAGUAAUAGUAGGUCCUUCAAAUAUUUGCUCAUUCUCUUUUUGUUUUGUUUCUUUGCUUUUCACAUGUUACCAGCUACAUAAUUUCUUGACAGAAAAAAAUAAAUAUAAAGUCUAUGUACUCCAGGCAUACUGUAAAACUAAAACAAGGUUUGGGUAUGGUUUGUAUUUUCAGUUUAAGGCUGCAAGCAGUAUUUACAACAGAGGGUACAAGUUCUAUCUGAAAAAAAAAGGAGGGACUAUGGCAUCAAACAGCCUCUUCAGCACAGUGACACCAUGUCAGCAAAACUUCUUUUGGGAUCCGAGCACCAGCCGGCGCUUCAGCCCCCCCUCCAGCAGCCUGCAGCCCGGCAAAAUGAGCGACGUGAGCCCGGUGGUGGCUGCGCAACAGCAGCAGCAACAGCAGCAGCAGCAACAGCAGCAGCAGCAGCAGCAACAGCAGCAGCAGCAGGAGGCGGCGGCGGCGGCUGCGGCGGCGGCGGCGGCUGCGGCGGCGGCAGCUGCAGUGCCCCGGUUGCGGCCGCCCCACGACAACCGCACCAUGGUGGAGAUCAUUGCCGACCACCCGGCCGAACUCGUCCGCACCGACAGCCCCAACUUCCUGUGCUCGGUGCUGCCCUCGCACUGGCGCUGCAACAAGACCCUGCCCGUGGCCUUCAAGGUGGUAGCCCUUGGAGAGGUACCAGAUGGGACUGUGGUUACUGUCAUGGCGGGUAACGAUGAAAAUUAUUCUGCUGAGCUCCGGAAUGCCUCUGCUGUUAUGAAAAACCAAGUAGCAAGGUUCAACGAUCUGAGAUUUGUGGGCCGGAGUGGACGAGGCAAGAGUUUCACCUUGACCAUAACCGUCUUCACAAAUCCUCCCCAAGUAGCUACCUAUCACAGAGCAAUUAAAGUUACAGUGGAUGGACCUCGGGAACCCAGAAGGCACAGACAGAAGCUUGAUGACUCUAAACCUAGUUUGUUCUCUGACCGCCUCAGUGAUUUAGGGCGCAUUCCUCAUCCCAGUAUGAGAGUAGGUGUCCCGCCUCAGAACCCACGGCCCUCCCUGAACUCUGCACCAAGUCCUUUUAAUCCACAAGGACAGAGUCAGAUUACAGACCCCAGGCAGGCACAGUCUUCCCCGCCGUGGUCCUAUGACCAGUCUUACCCCUCCUACCUGAGCCAGAUGACGUCCCCGUCCAUCCACUCUACCACCCCGCUGUCUUCCACACGGGGCACUGGGCUUCCUGCCAUCACCGAUGUGCCUAGGCGCAUUUCAGAUGAUGACACUGCCACCUCUGACUUCUGCCUCUGGCCUUCCACUCUCAGUAAGAAGAGCCAGGCAGGUGCUUCAGAACUGGGCCCUUUUUCAGACCCCAGGCAGUUCCCAAGCAUUUCAUCCCUCACUGAGAGCCGCUUCUCCAACCCACGAAUGCACUAUCCAGCCACCUUUACUUACACCCCGCCAGUCACCUCAGGCAUGUCCCUCGGUAUGUCCGCCACCACUCACUACCACACCUACCUGCCACCACCCUACCCAGGCUCUUCCCAAAGCCAGAGUGGACCCUUCCAGACCAGCAGCACUCCAUAUCUCUACUAUGGCACUUCGUCAGGAUCCUAUCAGUUUCCCAUGGUGCCGGGGGGAGACCGGUCUCCUUCCAGAAUGCUUCCGCCAUGCACCACCACCUCGAAUGGCAGCACGCUAUUAAAUCCAAAUUUGCCUAACCAGAAUGAUGGUGUUGACGCUGAUGGAAGCCACAGCAGUUCCCCAACUGUUUUGAAUUCUAGUGGCAGAAUGGAUGAAUCUGUUUGGCGACCAUAUUGAAAUUCCUCAGCAGUGGCCCAGUGGUAUCUGGGGGCCACAUCCCACACGUAUCAAUAUAUACAUAUAUAGAGAGAGUGCAUAUAUAUGUAUAUCGAUUAGCUAUCUACAAAGUGCCUAUUUUUUAGAAGAUUUUUCAUUCACUCACUCAGUCAUGAUCUUGCAGCCGUAAGAGGGUAGAUAUUGAGAAGCAGAAGGCUCAAGAGAGACAAUUGCAAUCGAGCUUCAGAUUGUUUACUAUUUAAGAUGUACUUUUACAAAGGAACAAAGAAGGGAAAAGGUAUUUUUGUUUUUGUUGUUUGGUCUGUUAUCAUCAAUAACCUGUUCGUAUGCCAAUUCAGAGAGGUGGACUCCAGGUUCAGGAGGGAGAAGAGCAAAGCCGCUUCCUCUCUGUGCUUUGAAACUUCACACCCUCAAGGUGGCAGCUGUGUAUGGACCAGUGCCCUCCGCAGACAGCUCACAAAACCAGUUGAGGUGCACUAAAGGGACAUGAGGUAGAAUGGACGCUUCCAUCACAGUACCAUCAUUCAGAAUAACUCUUCCAAUUUCUGCUUUCAGACAUGCUGCAGGUCCUCAUCUGAACUGUUGGGUUCGUUUUUUUUUUUUCCUGCUCUAAGAAAGUGACUUCAAAAAUAACUGAUCAGGAUAGAUUAUUUUAUUUUACUUUUUAACACUCCUUCUCCCCUUUUCCCACUGAACCAAAAAGAAAUCCCAUCCCUAAAACCUGCCUUCUCCUUUUAUGCAAAACUGAAAAUGGCAAUACAUUAUUAUAGCCAUAAUGGUAUAGAUAGUGUUUGCGUUUGGCUAUGUGUUAUUUGUUUUCUUUUUUUUUAAAUUAUGAAUAUGUGUAAAAUCUGAGGUAACUUGCUAACGUGAAUGGUCAUAUAACUUUAAAGAUAUAUUUAUAAUUAUUUAAUGACAUUUGGACCCUUGAAACAUUUCUUAGUGUAUUGAUAUGUUGACUUCGGUCUCUAAAAGUGCUCUUUAUUAAAUAACAAAUUUCUUCAGUGGUCUAGAGCCAUAUCUGAAAUAUUGCUAAGCAAUUUCAGUUCAUCCAGGCACAAUGUGAUUUUAAAAAAUACUUCCAUCUCCAAAUAUUUUAGAUAUAGAUUGUUUUUGUGAUGUAUGAAGGAAAUGUUAUGUUUAGUUCUUUCAGAUCUUUGAAUGCCUCUAACACAGCUUUGCCUUCUAAAGCAGUAAUUAGGGAUUUAAAAAACAACCUUUAGCCCUUUAUCAGCAUGAAAUGCUGGAGUGAUGUGGUUUUCUAAUUUCUUUGGGGUAAUUAUGACUCUUGUCAUAUUAAAAAGACAAGCACAAGUAAAUCAUUGAACUACAGAAAAAUGUUCUGUGGUUUCAUAGUUAAGCAAAACUCUAAAUCGCCAGGCUUCAUAGCAAAGACAUAGUCAGCUAAAAGCCGCACAUGUGGAUAGAGGGUUCAAUUAUGAGACACCUAGUACAGAAGAGCAAAAUUGCACCAGGGAUUCUUAACCAACCAGCCUUACCAAACAACACAACAGGGGAACCCCAAUCUGCCUUACCCAAGGCCCCACUGGCAGCUUUCCACAGAAUUUGCAUUUAGAGGAGCAGAAUGACAUCACUGUCCUUUGGGAGUAGGUCCUCUGAAAAGGCAGCCAGGUUCCAGCAGGUAGCUGAGCUGAGAGGACAUAUGGCCCACGGGGACCUACAGACAGCCUUUGACAUUUGUAUUUCUUACAAUGGAGGGCCAAGGAGGGCAAGGGGGUGUGGAGUUUGGUGUCUACUAGUGUGUACGAAUUUGAGCUAGAGUCCUUCUGUGGCAUGCACUUUGACCACUCCUGGCAGUCACAUGGCAGAUUUCCAAGUGCAAAUCCUUAAUCCAAACAAGGAUCAUCUAAUGACACCACCAGGCCAAUCCCUGCUCUCCUCCCCGAAAAGUCAGGGUCCCUUCAUUGGAAUCUUCCACCCACCCAAGCAGAAUUUAGCAGAGAUUUGCCUUCAAACCCUAACGGCCCCCUUGUUCUCUGGUCCUUCUCAAACCCACCUUUGUAGGCCACCCAGCAUUGCAGGACAGCGUGUGGGGCAGCUGGACCUGUGCUUCCUGCCUGGGAGUCUCCCUUGGAAUUCAUCCUGACUCCUUCUAAUAAAAAUGGAUGGGAAAGCAAAACACUUUGCCUUCUAAAGGCCGUAUACCAAGUAUGCUUAGAUAAAUAAGCCACUUUUCUAUUACUUAAGUAAGAUGGAAGUAGUAAUUGAUACUAUUUAUUGUUUGUGUGUGGUAGCUUGAAGCACACCACUGUCCAUUUAUUUGUAAGUGUAAAAUAUGUGUGUUUGUUUCAGCAGCACUUAAAAAAGCCAGUGUCUGGUUACACAUUUCAAUUUUAAUUAAUUGACAUAAAAAUGCUACCGCCAGUGCCAGCUGCAUCCUAUUUAAUUAAAAAGGUACUAUAUUUGUACAUUAUUUUUUAAUGUUAAAAGGGCUUUUUUAAGUUUACAGGACACAUACCGAGUGACUUUAGGGAUGCUUUUGUGUUGAAAUGUUACUAUAGUGGCUGCAGGCAGCAACCCAGAAACACUUUAGAAGCUUUUUUUCCUUGGGAAAAAUUCAAGCACUUCUUCCCUCCAUCCUCACUCCAACCACCCCAAUGGGGGUAAUUCACAUUUCUUAGAACAAAUUCUGCCCUUUUUUGGUCUAGGGAUUAAAAUUUUGUUUUUCUUUCUUUCUUUUUUUUUUUUUUCACUGAACCCUUAAUUUGCACUGGGUCAUGUGUUUGAUUUGUGAUUUCAAGACCAAAGCAAAGUCUUACUACUACUGUGGAACCAUGUACUAGUUCCUGGGAAUUAAAAUAGCAUGGUUCUCUUUGUAGCACAAACAUUGCUGGAAUUUGCAGUCUUAUCAAUGCAGCCACAUUUUUAUCCAUUUCAGUUGUCUCACAAAUUUUAACCCAUAUCAGAGUUCCAGAACAGGUACCACAGCUUUGGUUUUAGAUUAGUGGAAUAACAUUCAGCCCAGAACUGAGAAACUCAACAGAUUAUCGUUUGCUCUUUGGACGGUCUCACUGCCUCUCCCUUGCCAGGACCCUUUCAAAAUGAGCAGAGAAGUCCACACCAUUAGGGACCAUCUGUGAUAAAUUCAGAAGGGAGGAGAUGUGUGUACAGCUUUAAGGAUUCCCUCCAUUCCGAGGAAAGGGACUGGCCCAGAAUCCAGGUUAAUACAUGGAAACACGAAGCAUUAGCAAAAGUAAUAAUUAUACCUAUGGUAUUUGAAAGAACAAUAAUAAAAGACACUUCUUCCAAACCUUGAAUUUGUUGUUUUUAGAAAACGAAUGCAUUUAAAAAAUAUUUUCUAUGUGAGAAUUUUUUAGAUGUGUGUUUACUUCAUGUUUACAAAUAACUGUUUGCUUUUUAAUGCAGUACUUUGAAAUAUAUCAGCCAAAACCAUAACUUACAAUAAUUUCUUAGGUAUUCUGAAUAAAAUUCCAUUUCUUUUGGAUAUGCUUUACCAUUCUUAGGUUUCUGUGGAACAAAAAUAUUUGUAGCAUUUUGUGUAAAUACAAGCUUUCAUUUUUAUUUUUUCCAAUUGCUAUUGCCCAAGAAUUGCUUUCCAUGCACAUAUUGUAAAAAUUCCGCUUUGUGCCACAGGUCAUGAUUGUGGAUGAGUUUACUCUUAACUUCAAAGGGACUAUUUGUAUUGUAUGUUGCAACUGUAAAUUGAAUUAUUUGGCAUUUUUCUCAUGAUUGUAAUAUUAAUUUGAAGUUUGAAUUUAAUUUUCAAUAAAAUGGCUUUUUUGGUUUUGUUA